AUGAACGACUUCCGCAACCCCUUUGGCUCAGAAAGUGCAACAAUGACUGAUGAUGAAGCUUUGGACCGUUUUGUACGAGGAUUGGCUGAAAACGUUCAAGUCUAUGUACGCACCCAAUUCCCGACCACAACUGCACAAGCUGAAAGAAUCGCAUUCCGCCUACGAAGGAGCCAUGUCGUUUACCAAAAUGCUGCCGACAAGAUGACAAGACUUGAACCUCCACGACAACCAUCUCGGGAUGUUGAAUACAUGGAUUUGGAUGCUGUACAAACAAGAUAUCGACGUAAUGAUUGGCGCACAAGAACCUUCAGUCGUCGUGACAACGCCGCAUGA